UGUACAGAGAAGAAGAGCUCCAGAUACCAGGAAUACACAGCAUCCAGCAUGACGUCAAGGUCAGAUACAGUCAUGUUCGUGAUUCUACUGAUUGCAUCAACGUUUACCCAAGGUCUCACGAUAGUGAGCUAUGGAAAAAAAUUCAUCACAGCAUUUCCAGAGAACGUGGGUUACUUCUACCCAUACAAUUCUUUUAGAGGUCUAAGAGUCACCACCCUCCAUAGCGGCACUUCCUUCACUGUCUUCUACAACGGUGGACAAACAACAGAGUCAUCCCUACAAGGGGGAAAAACUGUGUUUGUGUCGUUUCCAAACACUUUUGAAGUACAUCAACUGAACUACUCCAGUUACUCAAUCCGAAUUACCAGUGACAAUGACAUUGUGGUACAUUCUUUCAGUCAGACAAAUAUAGGUACAGCUACCAUUCCAGAGAAAAGUGUCCAGACCCAUGUUGUUCAACCCAUCACAAAUCUUGGCACAGACUAUUUGAUCCCUUCGCUGAAUCACUCAGACCUUAUCCAAACGUUCAGCGGAUCCCCGGCACCCUACUGGUCCCAAAGAUACGGCUCGUUCAAGCUGAUCAUCAUCAAUGCAGAGGACACAGAAAACACUGUCACAAUAUUCCGGAACAUUUCAGGCAGUGUGCAAGAAGAAAAAAUCAAGAUCUCAUCAUACCAGCUCAUCCAGUUGCAGGCCAAUGCUUCACUGUUCAAGGUUAAAUCUAGCCAUAAAGUUGCAGUGAUUCUGACUCAUCCAUGUCUAGAAAAUACAGCCUCAUGUAAAUGCAACAUGAUAGUGAAUCAGAUUCUUCCCACAGAAUUUCAGGGUCAGAACUUUGUUGUGCCGUACAUUCCUGGUAUAACCCAGAGCCUCUUUCUUAUUACAUCAAAUGACAAGUCUACUUCUCUAUUUCACAGUAAUGUUCAGUUACAGCCUAAUCCAUCAGGGCUUCUGUCACUUUCAGAUCAGACGAAAUCUCAGUACGUAAACGCAUCGGGAAACGUGUCCCUCAAACUGAUCAGUCCAGGUCUUUUCAUUGAAGUGAUCCCAGAAAACAUGUUUGCUGCCUGCUACCUGCUGCAGGUCUAUUCAGACGUCAAGAAUGCUUUAGUGAUAGCUGAAACUGGCAGCAAAACUAAUGUACACAACCAAAACAGUCCUGUUACAAAUGCUGCAUGGACUGAGAUUACCGGCACAAAAUACUCUUCAGCUAUAAUACCUUUAACAGAGCAAUAUACCUUCAUCUGGCAUCCAUCCUCAAAGAUUGCCGUUUAUAUUCUGGAAAACACUGGCACGACAGUUUAUGGAGGACCAGCUAUACCUAUAAAUACACAACCGGAUGAGUUCGGCUGUGUGGUGAUUCCUGGACAGUUUGAAAUCAGAAAUGAGCCUCUUAACUGGACUGAGUCCCUGGGUCACUGCACGAGUCUUCAAAAGCACCUCGCCUGUCCUACAAGGGAAUACAAUCAGAUGGAUUUGGCCAAUACGGUUAACACAACAGAGGAUGAGGAGGCUUGGAUUGGUCUGCGACGUAGUCUGAUGACAACAGACUGGUACUGGCAGAGGCAAACACCAUCAACAACAUCAUUACCAUCAUCAUCUGUGGAUUACGUUCACUGGGCUGAUGGGCAGCCACUGGGCAGUUUGAAGGGCCUUUGUGCUUCUUUGUCAUUGGAUCAGGACGAUGAGUUCAAAUGGAAAAGUGCAAAAUGCUGCGAGAAAAAGCGUCCUGUAUGCUACAAACCCCCAAUAUACUUUUAUGUGGAGCUUUUAUAUCAAGUAGUAUACAUACAACUUUAGGUUCAGAUAUAGCACCAUAAAUAUAUAUUUGUGCAUUUUUACAUCGCUGUCUUUACUGCUAACAGUCACUAUAGUUGCUAUAAAAUUUAUGUAGUCCCUUUAUAAUCCUCAAUAUCAAAUUACUGUAUUCUUAAUGCAAAAUGUUAUUGAAAGAAAUACAUUUCUAAUCCACGUUACAAUAUGUAGGUUUUCUGUUAGCUUGGCAUAGUGUUAGAGUUUAGUAUCAAAACAUAAAGUAACAGGUCUUAGUAUGAAAUGAAAUCAGAUUUCUAAAUUAUACUCAAAUCUUUGAGCUUUUCUGAAAAGUCAAUGAACAAUUUGUUAGAGGCUAAAGGCCUAUGUUUUUCAAAGCAAUUUAUACGAAGAGUUUAUUUGCAAAAACAGAUCAUGCCGUUUUUAAAAAUGUUCAAAAGCAUUGUUUUUAUUGUGUUUUAUUGUGUUAAUUAGCUAUAUCUUUUGAGUUACUAUUACUUAAUCAAAACAACCCAACUGCAGUUUGAUUGACAUUACUUGGAAUGCACAGUAAAAACAUGAUUCUUAAAAACGCAGUUAUCGGUUUUUGCAGAUGAACUCUUCCGAUGCGUUUCAGCUUUUUCUCAAACCCAACCAUUUUCGGAUUGCCAGCACCCAGGAGCAUAGGUUUGUUUGAACAUUAAGGGGCUUUCAUUAAUCAUUGUAUACAUGCAAAUAGCAUACAUGAAACAUUUACUUUUAUUUCUUUCCAUAAUUAUUAACUAUGUAGUUAUGAAUUUAAUACAUUUUAACAGAAUAUAAACAACUAUAUAGAAAUUAAUUUGAGUAUGUAAGCUGUUUAAACUAUGGUGCAUAAUAAACUAUAAUAGGCAUAAGUAAUAGUAUAAUAUUCUAUGUAAUGUCGAUAGAAAGUUAAGUGUAAAUUGGACUGUUAUGGACUGUAAAAUGUAGACUGUAGCAUGAUGUGUAUAAACUUCAACUUCCACAGCUUCUUUUGUCUGUGCAAUAUUUUAAGGCAAACUGUUGGUGGCGGUAACGAGCUUUAUGGCUUUCAAUCUCCGAAUUAAACAAAGCAAGGCUUGCUCUUAUUUUGCAGUUUUGUUUACUGUUAUAUUGUAUAUUUCCUCAAUUUCUACAUAUUGUGACACUUUAGUUUUGUUCUCAAAUGGUAGGCCUAAUGGCAAUUAUGCAUAUGUGUUACUAUACAUCAGGUUUUAAUGGUUAUUAUUUUUUGUAAAUAAACUGCUUGCUUCUGCCUA